AUGCACACAAGUCGGUUCUCCAGACUCGCCAUCGCCAUAGCGACAGCAGAUGUCGCAGCCGCAGCAGUACUUAUGACGACUCCAGUCAAUCCACCUUUGCCACUGCAGCCACGGGAUCUGGAUCUUGUGCAGCCGAGCGCGCUUGAACCAACACCAAAUCAGUCCAAGCUUACGGGCUUUGAUCUUGUGCAAGCUGGCACGCUUGCCCGACCAAGCACAAACGCGACCAUCGGUCAAUGGGUAGUAGCCAAUCCCCCAGAAGACAUCGCCAAUCAAAGCUCGUUGUUGCUGCAGAAAUGUGUGGGUAACAUUGACAACGUGGAUGUUUCGGCUCUCAACGUCUCGGAUUGGUCUUGCUCACUGCCCGCCAACCUGGUCGCCCGAGAUGGGCCAGGGCGGAGACUGCCAUACGAAGUCGACAAUGUAAGGUCGCUGGCACACUUGCGUACACCUCGGUACAACACUCUUUAUACCAAGACAUGGUCGGUGACAUACGAGGAUGCCGAUGGCAACGGAUACAAUAUUACCUUUCCUGCAGGACUCUGUCCCGACAACGUCAUCGGCGAUAUCGAAUCCCCGUACCGCGGAGAGAUGGUAUACAACGCAACCUUACUAUCCUUGUAUCAGUCUCUCAUAGGGCUGUCGCCGGAAAGGCUGUACAACUACACUAUGACCAUGUUGGAAGCGGAAUUGGCGAACUUGUAUGCCGCGCUCGACGCCAUCAUCUGCGAUCCGCCGAUAGGAGGAUCGAGAGCGCUUUUGCAGCGAUACCGGCCCCAAGACAUGACCGGAAAGAUCACCUUGAUCCUGGUCGGCAGGGUCGGAGGUUUUGCCAUGGUCUUCAGUGCUCUCGUAUCCGCGAUCGCACACGAAGGCCUCACGGUCCAUGUUCCGGCAAUUGGAAAUGUUUUACUUGUCGCAGCAGUCGGUGCCAUUGCUGCGGCGUUUGAAAGAUUUAUCAACAGACGCAGGCAGAGGGGCGAUGUACAGGUCAUGGAGGCCUAUAUCGCGAACGCGUUUGUUGCCGCGGCGGCACAGAUCCGACUGCAUGCCAUUGUGAUUUGGUCGAUGGCGUGCACGACUAGUGAGAUCAUCUUGGAGAAUAUCAAAAAGUUGUUGGCCGGUAAUGCGGAUGGCAUACCACAGGCCGUGGCGCGGCCGGAUGGGAAUGCUGAUGAUGUUGCCAUUGUUCCGCAGAAUCGUGAGGGGCCGCUGGCUAGGAUUGGCCGUUUCUGCUCGUAG